UCACUAAGACACGCCCACCCAGCCAUGGCGCUUCCUGACUGGUCGGCGACCCUGCUAGCAACCGCAUCCUUCUGCGGUGUUUUCUUCAUGUGCCUCCGUUUCGGCCGCACACUCCGAGUAGUUUUGAAUAAAUCACUGGGCAGAGCCAUGGCCCGCUCGGAGAAGCCCCUGUUCCGAAUAGCGUACACGUUGUACACAAAGACCAGACUGGGCUACUUGUACUACAAGCGGCAGAUGAAGAAAGCCCGGGAGCAGUACCCAACGGGACAUUCCAGAGGCCAGCCUGUGGAGAUGAAUGGUAUCAAAAUAGUCCCUGUGUCAGUGCUUUCGGACAACUACUGCUACCUUGUGAUUGACACCACCUCCGGCGAGGCGGUGGCAGUAGACCCAGCAGAUCCACAGACUGUACAGGCAGCCCUCAUGGAAGAACAGGCCACCCUCAAAGCCAUCCUCUGCACACACAAGCACUGGGACCACAGCGGGGGGAACACGGCCCUCAAGAAGCUCCACAGCUCCUGCCGCGUGUACGGGAACGCCGCUGACAACAUUCCCGGCCUGACGCACCCCCUCUCCCACAAGGACACGGUGUCGGUGGGUCGCAUGCACUUCAAGGCCCUGUUAACGCCGGGACACACGGUGGGCCACAUGAUCUACCUCCUGGAGGGUCGGCCCAACGGGACCCCCCCCAGCCUCUUCUCGGGGGACCUGGUGUUCCUGUCAGGCUGUGGGAGGAUGUUCGAAGGCAGCGCUACGACCAUGCUGUCCUCCCUUGACACCGUGGGCUGCCUGAGUGACGACACGCUGCUGUGGCCCGGUCAUGAGUAUUCGGAGGACAACCUGCUGUUUGCUGCCGUGGUGGAGCCAAGCAACACUGCCAGGGAGAGCAAGUACCACUGGGUGGUGCAGCAGCGGGGAGAGAAGCUGUGCACGUGUCCGUCCACCAUCGGGGACGAGAAGGCCUACAACCCCUUCCUGCGGCUCCAUUCCCCUGAGCUCCAGCAGGCUCUGGGGCUCCAGCAGCUGAAGGACGAGGACGGGACCGAGUUCAGGGCCCGCGUUCUGGAGGCACUGAGGAAACACAAGGACGCCUACAACCGCCGAUAGGGCCCCGCGCCCGGGGGCCCCGGAGCACAAAGCGGGCCCCCGAGAUAUGGAGAGAGAGGAUGGAUCCCCUGAUCCAAACAUAUUAGUAGAUCACACUCUUAGAUGACUUGUGGGAGGCUCAUAAGCCGCGGUCAACACGGGCAAGCCAAUUUUCAUGCGACAUAAUGUGAUCAUGAGUGUAAUUAGCAUGUGUGGCAUGCUGUUAUUUUUCUAGUACUGACCCGUUUUCUGAUGAUUGUGGGUGAACCCCGCGGGGCCCAAUUUAAACAGACUUUUUUGCUGUGAAUUCUGGAUACCACGUGGAUUUAAUGGGGCAUUUAUGGUAUUGAUGGAAUAACUGUAAGCAUUCAUUAGGUUCUUUGUGCAGUUUCCAAAAUGGUAAUGCUUUGUUUGUUGGUACGAUCAUUCUAGAUUAGAGCAGCACCUUUUUGUCUCUGUGUAAAUAGUUGGAUUCUAGCAUAUUCUCAAGGGGACUUUAGCUAGGACAGCGUUUUCUGUGGCCAAGUGUUUGUAUAAUAGGUACUGAUGUGGUUGUUUGUAUGUGAAAACCAAACAUGGAGUCACCUUAGCUGCUAAUGGUGGUUCCAGCAAAGUUUAAAAAAAAAGCCAAAUGUUUUGCUAGUCAAUUAGGAGGAAUUUCCAGCAAUUAAUUGUGUUUAUGAAUAUAAGCUUGUGUUGAGGUGCCAUGCAGAAAAAUUUAUGUAGGCACCUGUGUUGAAUUACUGUCUCAAAUCCCAUAGUUUACCAGGGAAAUAUUGCCCGAAAAAAAAACAUUUUCUGAGCGUUGAAUCAUUCCCAUUUAUUAGCCGUUUUAAUAAGGUAUAAUUACAGUUUUAUACAAUCCUCUGCUUUAACAUUAUAAAGAAAUUCUCAUACUGUGACAUGUUGUAAAUUGCAAGCAUUUGAUGGAAAUAUGCUUUUGGUUACUCUCCAAUGACUGGUAUUAUUUGGUAGCUGUUUUUGAUGAAAUUGUAAAUGUGUCAUAAUACCUCAUUGUAUGUUGAAUAAUAUUUUAUAAAGUUAAAAGUUUUUGACUGAUAAUAAAAAGUUAAUUGUUA